CUUCGCGUGCCCCACGUCCCCUUAUCCAGGGACCUGUCGAUGUUUCUCGUGUCCCUUCGUCCCCGUGUCGUCCUGUCUCUGUGUAUCUGUGUAUAUGUGUGUCUGUGUGUCCGUGUCACUGAGGAAGUCCGAGGGGCCCCGUGUCUGCACGUCCCGUGUCACUGAGGAAGUCCCCGUGUCACUGAGGAAGUCCCCGUGUCUGCACGUCCCGUGUCUCCAAGUGAGUCCCCGUGUCUCCGGGUCCCCGGGUCCCCGUGUCACUGAGGAAGUCCCCGUGUCUGCACGUCCCGUGUCUCCAAGUGAGUCCCCGUGUCUCCGGGUCCCCGGGUCCCCGUGUCACUGAGGAAGUCCCCGUGUCUGCACGUCCCGUGUCUCCAAGUGAGUCCCCGUGUCUCCGGGUCCCCGUGUCACUGAGGAAGUCCCCGUGUCCCCGCGGGAGGGUGACCGACCCCCCGUGCUCUGCUGAAGCCUCCGCAUCGCUGAGGCAGCCGCCGCCACCGCCGCGGGAUAAAGAACAAGAAGAAGAGGACGAAGAGGCGCUGAUCGCGAUGCCGCACCGAGGGGCAGAGAAGGAGCCUCUCAGCCGCUUCUACUCCGUGUCCGAGCCGCGGCUGCACGAGCGCGGCCACACGGAGUACAAAGUCACGGCGCGGAUUGUGCCCAGGAAACAUCCAGAGAAGAUUUCAGAGACCGUGGUUUGGAGGCGCUACAGCGACUUCAAGAAGUUGCACCGCGACCUGGCCUACAUCCACCGCAACCUCUUCCGCCGCUCAGAGGAGUUUCCUGCUUUUGCGAAGCCCACAAUAUUUGGUCGCUUCGAGGCGGCCGUGCUCGAGGAGCGGCGCGCGAGUGCCGAGAUGCUGCUGCGCUUCGCUGCCACCGUGCCGGCGCUCUACAACAGCCAGCAGCUCAAGGACUUCCUGGAGGGAGGCCAUAGCUAUGAGUUAGGAGAAUCUGCUUCUCUGCCAUCUCUGCCCGAACCGCUGCUGCCUUUACCCGGCAUCGAUUCCCCGCCAUCCACUCCGCCGCUGCCUGCCAACACCACCAUGCCACCUGUACUCCAGCCCUCACACAGUGCGUCAUCAGCUGUUAACCAGCCUCAAGUUGCAGAUGAGGACUUGGAUCUGCUGGAUGGCCUCACCUCCAGGCUGUCUGUGAGCGGAGUAGAAGAUUGUGUCAUCUCCACGGAUCUAUGUCUAGACGAGGCGGGACCUCCAUAUGACACAGCCCCAGUCAUGACCACACUAGAUAUGAAGAUUGAGGCACCAGGAGAGGGACAGGGCCUGCAUGAAGAAGAGAAGAUGGAGGACGCCCAGGGGCAAUACAAAGGGGGUAGAGGCAUGGACGAGAGAGAAAGUGAGAACGAAAGUGAGAACAAAAGUGAGAAGAGUGAGGAUGUUGGUGCUAGGGAUCCCAGCUUGGCCUCUAUUCCUGUGGCUGGACUUUCCCAACAUGAGUUGGAGUUGUUUGACCCCUGUGCCAAGUCAGAGGAGGACGGAGAUUGGUUUGCUGAGCUGCUCGAAGAUGACGUCCUACACGGCGUUUAGAUUUCGCCAAACGGCACAUCACUUCUGACUAUGCACGGAUGUGACUUCAUUCCAGUGAACAAGCCUUGCCUUUCAAGGACUACAUAAAGGCUUGGAUUAGUUCACUUUCUUCUGAUUGGCCAGCAUUCUACACACUGGUUAGAUGAACAUUUAAAGGCAUGUGGUGCACAAUGUGAGUGUCACCAGCAUUGCAACCAGUGCAUGCAGGAUGUCUAAAAACAACAGCCAAAUGAGUGAUGCUUCUGUAAAGAAAUGGUGACGAGGAAUUCCUUGCGGUGGGGACUUUUGAGAGAUGUGGACCGGGGUGCGCGCUGCUGGUCUCUGCUGGUCUCUGCUGAACCUGCCCAGAUGCUGGGCACCAGUGCAAGGCCAGGAGAUCAAAGAAGACGACCUCCUUGGCUCGAUGUUGAUGUGUUCCUCGCGUUCUGCUGCUUCUCGUGCUCGCUGUCCAUACACUGUGGCAUGACAAGUUAGCACAACCAAAAAGCCCUUGGUACUGAUGGCUCCAUGAUGAAUCUCUGGUUAGGAGAAUAUGGAGAGUAUGAGACUUAAGUGACUGCAUUGGGCAGGGUUGCUGGUUCUUACUCUUUUGUUUUUUCGGUAAAGUCACGUAGGUAAUGUUACCUACGUGACUUUACCGAAAAAAACAAAGUACGAAUCCUUGCAGUCACGAAAGCUUCAAAUCUAGAAUUGCUGAUUCUUGCCGAGUGCUUGAAGCCACUGGAGUGCGAGGUGUACGUCAGCCAGGUGUUUUCCAUUUUGUCUUUAAAGCUGCUAAAACUCGUAUGUAUGCACGGAAAAUAGUGCUGAGCAAACUGAAUAAACACAGUACAGUGACAGUGCAUAAGAGCACCGCACGGAGGAAGUGGCUGGCGCUUGUGUGUGACGUGGACAAGGCGGUGAAAAGUCGUGGUGACUGUUAAGCAGCACUGCAAGACGCAUCACGGAAUUAAAAUCAUGGUUAUUUACGUGCGUCCCGCGGGGUUUCACACACUAAUUGUAUAAAAGUGCACUGGGUUGUCCCGUGUAGUAGCCGUACCCUGUGUUUAGUUUGUUAUCCUCCCCGCGCACCUCCGAUUAGCACAGUUUUGGCUGCGUACUUUGCCAAAAAAGUUCAACAUACAAUACACUAGGGUGAAGAUAAAUAAUUUAAAUUCAAUACACUUUUCCUGAUUAAAAGAUUACAAUCUGCUCCUGGGCAAGUGCUAGGUGGAUUGCUGCAUCUCAGAAUCGUGAGAGAUGCGGACGGCUUGGGAAGGCCUUCAUCCAGCAGUGGAUUGGUCGUGGAUGAUCAUGGUGAAAUAACCAAGUGAAAACAAGGUUGAUAAACUGACGAUACAUGUAGGUGGGAAACCACUGGCUCACACGUGCAUACUGUAUCCUGCAUUUCGGAGAAUUGUUGAAGGUGGACUGAGACGACAAUAUUGCAAUGUUCAACUAAAGGGGUGAAGGAAACGCCCCCGCGUUAUGUUGAGUAGCGGGUACUGUGGGAAGCAUGUGGUGUGCCGUGGCGUUUCGAGAUAGACGUGCACGUACACUCGCGUCCUGUUUUACGUGCAGUUUUAGGGAUUUUCCACACCAUCGGGUGUAUGCUAAUGUGAUAUUGAUGUUGCGUGUGUGGGACGUGUGGCGUUUCGAGCGUGGGUUACGUGGAGCAGUCAUCCGUGCGUGACCCCACACGGCUCCUCCCCAGCUGAUGUGCCGGGUUCACGCCGUUCUUGCCCGUGCACUUCAAUAAAGUACACAGCUGUUA